AUGGAGGGCGGGCCGGGACUAAGAUACUACGAUCCCCGAGAGCCGAUUCCACCAGAAGCAUAUCAAUAUUUUAAUACAAAAAACAUACCAGGGCAGGUAACUGAAAUCCUCCGCGAACUCGAGGCCGCUCAAUUACAAAACCGUCUCCGGCCACCGCCAAAAGACAACUUUCUCCCGCCGCUUUCCGCUUCGAUUAAGGCCCAGAUCGUUCAAGAUACUGCCAGAGUUACCGUUACCCACCUGUUCUUGAAUAAAACCGACGAUAUUAUUCCCCAAGCCGCAUACACAUUUCCCCUACCACAGGGUUGCACUGUGACCGACUUUGUCUGCCACAUUGGGGAAGAUAAAAUCCUAAGAAGCCAGGUCAAGAUUAAAAAAGAAGCAUCGCAAAUUUUUAGAGAUGCUGUUCAACAAGGAGAAUCUGCGGCACUCCUUGAGCAAAAUACCCCUGAGAUAUUUACUACAAAGCUGGGGAUUAUACCUGCACGAAGUAAGAUCAAAGUAGGGAUAUCAUUCAUCUUUCUUUUAAAAUAUAGGAUAGAGAAAGACCACGGGCUUACGACAUUUACAUUACCGGUUUAUAUCGCACCUCGCUUUGGAGACGCUCCAGUUGGCAUAUACGACGCAUUGAGGGCCUCGACAAGCCUACAAAGCCUGAAGGUUGAAGUAAAUAUUCUUGCGCCGGCCAAAAUAACGUCGGUCCGAUGCGACACGCAUAAUUCGGAAACCAAGAUUGAUAUGAGAGCCGGUACUAGGACAUACCAGAGCUGGGAAGUGUUUGGGCAGUCUGGUGAGGGCGAAUACGCGAAAUCUGCUCUUGUUUGCCUUGAAAACACCGUUAAGUUCCUUGACCGAGAUUUCGUACUCGAGAUUGAAACGGAUUUAGAAGAUAGUCUUGAGCAGCCGCAAGCAUGGGUCGAGACUCAUCCGGACCUAGAUUAUCAUCGAGCUUUAAUGUUGACAGUCCCUUCGGACUUUUUACUGAAAACUGGGCCUAGGCCUGCUAGCUCGAGCGACGGGGAGAUAAUAUUCCUUGCUGAUCGAUCAGGUUCAAUGGACGACAAAAUUCAGGCCCUGAGAUCGGCUAUGAAGUACUUUUUGAAGGGUAUUGCCCCAGACAAAUUGUUUAAUAUCUGGUGCUUCGGGUCAGAUUUUGAGUGUCUUUGGCCUCAGUCACGCCGGUACAGCAACGACACCCUUCAACAAGCCCUCAACUAUGUUGAAGAAAUCUUUCACCCAAACAUGGGAGGGACUAAUUUGCUGCCGGCCUUCGAAGCCAUCAUAGCCACUAAAAGCCCCCAUCAAUUUGUCGAUAUCGUAGCCCUAACGGAUGGAGAGGUUUGGCUAUUGGAUGAGACGCUUAACUUUGUAGAGAGAACAAGAAAUUUGAGUGAAGGGAGAGUUCGGUUCUUUUGUCUUGGUAUCGGUGCGGCUGUAUCCCAUGCCUUAGUUGAAGGCAUUGCUCAUUUCGGUGGUGGCUACGCCGAGGUAAUACCUCUAGCCCAUCAAGGGGGUUGGGAGUCUCGUGUCGUCGAGGCCUUAAGCGCUGCUUCAGCGGACCAUAUAGGUAAAAUCGAGAUACAACUAGAGGGCCUCCCAGUCCCCAAUAAUAACGCUAGAUUGGCAAUAUUAGGUAAGUCUGCCCGGGAACUGAGUGAAACAACUUACAAAGCAUUCAAUGAUUCACUAACUCGACCGGGUUAUUUAAAAUUUGUAGACGAGGGUCAUAACUAUCUUAUCCGGACUCAUAAAAUGAUGCAAUCACCUGCAAGAGUCUCCGAUCUCAGUCCGUUUUUACGAAACCGAGUUUUCAUAUUAUUCGAGUCUCUCGAUGCUAAAUUGCCGCUUUCAAGAGUCCAUAUGCGAGUGGUGAAACCUGGAAGGGAACCCAUAUCCAUAUGGAUUCCAAUCAAACAUCUAAAACUGCGGGAUAAUACACUACACAAGCUCGCCGCCCGAGCUCUUUUGGGGGAUCUUGAACGAGGGCGAAGCUACAUCCACCUUAGUAAUCGUGCUUCAGCCCGGAAUUUUACUGGACUGAAGGCUUUGGUAGCCCGUGAAGGCGAGCGUCUAGGAUGUAAAUGGUCUCUUGUGUCCAAAUGGACCAGCUUUGUAGCUGUGGAAGAGCUCGUUGAAAAACAAGGUAUUGAUGGUAGAGGUACUUUGGUUGACCAUGGAGACAGUUUUGUAACAAUUGCCCCGGAAAAUGACCUGGAUCUUUUACAACAUAGAGGGAUCGGGGUAGGUCAAGCUAUAGGAUUUGGAUUAGCAUUAGGAAUACCGGAAACAGAAAAAAGUGAACAUACGGAUACGGAUGACAGCGAUUCUGAUGCUGAUGGCUCACUAAACUCGGACCGAAGGGAUAACAAUCACAGUGAUGAUGAAGACGCUAGCGGUAGCGGUAGCGGGCGUGCUGGAGCACCCGGAAAUAACUUCGAAUUCCACAGAGAGAACGGAUACGGGGGAAGCGGAUACAGGAGCGGAUACGGGAACCGGGGCGGUGCAGGUAGCUCCUGGUCCUCUAAUUCCGAUUCAAACAAUGGUAGCCAGUCAUCUGGCCCGUCCGACAGAUAUCAGCAUACACCGACCCAAAAGCGUAUCAGCUAUGGCACUGUGAGAUGUCAAUCUGUAAAUAUCGCAAAUUCACCUAGCCUUGAUUACUACGAACAGCCACCAUUGAUACCGAAACCACUGAUACCGAAACCAUUGAAACCGAAUUUAAACCAAUCAAGGGAAGAUACAUGUUAUAAUUUCAAUUUAGUUCCAUUACCACCCGUCCCUAAAGACAAUCACAUAACCGAGCAGCGGGGCUGGAGACCACGGCCUCGUCCCCCAGUAUCAACAAGGGGAUUUUCGGUUCCGUCAACAUAUAAUAAUCAUAGCUGCGAAAAGCUCUCCCUUCCACCUAGACUAGCGGCCCAGGAGCCACUUCAGAGCACUCGUCACGGAUCUAGGUGGAAAGAACGUUCCUCCGGGCGUUUGAAGCAAAUCCCCCUUAGUUCUGAAUCCAUGGUCAACCCAGAUCCAUGGAAAUAUUCUCCAGAAUUAAAAGGGAUACCUACGUCUAGUCUUGUGUUACCUACACCUCACCCUCCCGAAGUUCCGAACGGCCGUAACACCGAGACAUCUAAAAGUAGUCAGGACUCUAAGAGCCAGAGCAGUCGGUACUUCCGUGGGAGUCUAUUCCUACGAAAACGCCAGGAAAAACCUAACAGCCCGGCGACUUCGAGCGACCUUCCUAUUAUGCCAGCCCCCCCCUUGAAAGACGUAGCCGAACUAGCCUCGAGUUCAAGCGCUAGAGGCGGAACAUUUGACCCCAGCUUGAUGAAAGAGCAGGCUCAGCCCCGCAUGUUUUUCCCUCAGACCAAAAACCAGAGUUCGUAUCGAAGAUUUUUAGAGCCAGAAGAUCGGAGUCCAAGUACACUAGGUUUCUCAUCAUCCGCAGUUUCGUUACAAGACUGCCCAUCAUCAUUGGAUCUUAGCCCCAUUGAAAUAGAAACACCACAUCAUAAUGUUCCCGCAACAUCUGCAAUGAGACAAAUGCCUCAAUCUCAGCCUUUAUCAACCGAAAUAAAAUCACAUCGCGGCUUCAUUACUCACCUGCUAGAUAGUCAGGAUUACGAUGGUUCUUUCGAUAUAUCAGAUAGCCAUUGCGCCAAGCUAUUUGGAAAUAAUUUCCCAGGAGUAGUCAGGAGGGUCGGUAUUGAUAUUGAACAGAAGCUUAGGGCUUGGGGUAGUCCUAGCAUCCCUAAAGUUGCUUUGACAGCCUUGGUAAUUGCUCUAUUAGAAACUAAAAUGUUGUCACAAAAAGCUCUCUGGAUGCUCCUCGUUGAAAAGGCACGAGGCUUUAUCAAGUAUUUCUUUUCCGUCGAAUCGUUAGUUUUGGGUACCGGUGAUUCGCUUGAUUCGAUUAUCAACAAUGCUAAAGAAGUAGCGGCACAUAUCAACAUUAACUUCGAAACUUUUGGUGAAGAACAGCCAGACCCCGGGAAUAUAAAUCUAUUCACACAAGCCGGGGAAGACGAUCGGGUUUUGAACCAGACUUUACUUCCAUACCCAACUUUCACCCCUCAACUCCCUGAUAAUACUACAAAAGGCUCAAGAAGGACACCACAAUAUAGUGCCCCCAACAUCGAUAGUCACCAAUCCAGCCCAUAUGGUCCAGGUGUGCACAGCCACAAAGACGCCCCUUCCCCGUCCCAGUAUUCUAGUCCGGGCAACUACAACGUAUCAAGCCCCAGUUCUGGAGCGUGGAUGCCGCAGAGUGAAAGUCUCGGGGAAGACCCGGCCCCAUUUUGUUUUGAGCCAGCAAAGGUCACACCACCGACGCAAAGGAAAUUCUCUUCUACGGGUUACCUCGCCUGA